AGACUACACGAGACAGAGGAGACAGCGAGCACGGGAUGAUGAACGCGUUGGACAGGUGAACUGGACAACAUGGACAGCCGAGGGAGGAGAGGAACUAACGGAUCGGUGAAACGCUCGUCCAUCAAACGCAGCGCUUCUUCUGGAUCACAGAGGAAUCAGAGAGCAUGGAUUGAGAGAACCUUCCAGAAGAGGGAAUGUAUCCAGAUUAUUCCCAGCAAAGAUGCCAGCAGGUGCAGUUGUGGUCAGCUGGUGGCACAGCACAGCGCCGUCCCUCAGGUGGCCAAAGAGGAGGGUGCCCCCCUGGUUCAGCUGGAGACCCAACCUACAGAGAGAUGGAGCCCACUCAAGCACACCCAGACCUCCCCAACCGACGCCUACGGAGUCAUCGAGUUCCAGGGAGGAGGGCACGUCAACAAGUCCAUGUAUAUCCGGGUCUCCAACGACUCUAAACCUGACAACCUGCUACACCUGAUGGUGAAGGACUGGCAGCUGGAGCUUCCCACUCUGCUCAUUUCUGUCCAUGGGGGCUUACAAAACUUCGAGCUGCAGCCCAAACUGAAGCAGGUUUUUGGGAAAGGACUGAUCAAAGCGGCUGUGACCACCGGAGCCUGGAUCUUUACCGGAGGAGUCAGCACUGGAGUGAUUCGUCAUGUUGGAGAUGCUCUCAAAGAUCACUCAUCAAAGUCCAGAGGGAAAGUCUGCGCCAUUGGCAUUGCACCAUGGGGCAUCGUCGAGAACAAAGAAGACCUCAUCGGAAGAGACGUGACGCGGCCCUAUCAGACCAUGUCCAACCCACUCAGCAAGCUGUCAGUCCUGAACAGCAGCCACUCCCACUUCAUUCUGUCAGAUAACGGAACAAACGGGAAGUAUGGAGCCGAGGUCCGACUUCGCCGGCAGCUGGAGAAACACAUUGCUCUGCAGAAGAUCAACACACGUCUGGGUCAGGGUGUCCCUGUGGUGUGUCUGAUACUGGAGGGGGGUCCAAACGUCAUCUCUAUCGUGUUGGAGAGUCUGAAAGAGGAGCCUCCGGUUCCAGUUGUCAUCUGUGAUGGGAGCGGCCGCGCCUCUGACAUCCUUUCCUUUGCACAUAGAUACAGUGAGGAUGACGGGUUGGUGAAUGAAAGCGUCAAAGAUCAGCUGCUGGUCACCAUCCAGAAAACAUUCAACUACAGCCGCAGCCAGGCGCAGCAGAUCCUCCUCAUGGUGAUGGAGUGUAUGAAGAAGAGAGCACUGAUCACAGUGUUUAGGAUGGGCUCCGAGGGACAGCAGGAUAUUGAGAUGUCCAUCCUGACCGCUCUGCUUAAAGGUACCAAUGCAUCAGCGUCUGAUCAGCUGAGCUUGGCUCUGGCCUGGAACAGAGUGGACAUCGCUCGCAGUCAGAUCUUUGUGUACGGACUCCACUGGCCUCCUGUAUCUGCUGCUGCGAAUGACCGGCCUAGAAGUCCUGCGGCGCAGCGAGCUCCAGCGGGAGGAGGAGGGGGGAAAGGGAAAGCCAGAGGGAAGAAAGGAAAAGGAGCCAAAGCCAAACCUGAACCGCCUGAGGAAACUGACCCCAGGAAACUGGAGCUGCGUAACUGGGUGAACUCUCUGGAACAGGCCAUGAUGGACGCUCUGGUGUUGGACAGGGUGGACUUUGUGAAGCUGCUGAUUGAGAACGGAGUGAACAUCCAUCACUUCCUGACUAUUCCUCGUCUGGAGGAGCUGUACAACACGAAGCUGGGACCGGCCAACACGCUGCACUUUGUGGUCCGAGACGUUAAAAAAGGGAAUCUUCCUCCAGACUAUCAGAUCACAUUGAUUGAUAUUGGCCUGGUGCUGGAGCUCUUGAUGGGCGGAGCUUAUCGCUGCAAAUACACCAGGAAGAGCUUCAGGACGCUGUACAACAACCUGUACGGCCUCAAGAGACCUAAAGCUCUGAAGCUUCUUGGGAUGGAGGACGACGAGCCUCGUGCGAAGGGGAAAGGAAAGAAGAACAAGAAGAAAGAGGAGGAGGUGGACAUUGACGUGGACGACCCCGAGGUAAGCAGGUUCCAGUACCCGUUCCACGAGCUGAUGGUGUGGGCCGUGCUGAUGAAGCGCCAGAAGAUGGCGCUGUUCCUGUGGCAGCGAGGGGAGGAGGCCAUGGCCAAAGCCCUGGUGGCCUGUAAGCUCUACAAGGCCAUGGCUCACGAGUCGUCACAGAGCGAGCUGGUGGACGACAUCUACCAGGACCUGGAGAACAACUCCAAGGAGUUCGGUCAGCUGGCCUACGAGCUGCUCGAUCAGUCGUACAAACACGAUGAGCAGGUGGCCAUGAAGCUGCUGACGUACGAGCUGAAGAACUGGAGUAACUCCACCUGUCUGAAGCUGGCCGUCGCCGCCAAACACAGAGACUUCAUCGCGCACACCUGCAGCCAGAUGCUGCUGACCGACAUGUGGAUGGGCUGUCUGAGGAUGGGCAAGAGCAAUAGCCUCAAGGUGAUUUUAGGGAUCGUUUUCCCUCCGGCCAUUCUCCUCCUGGAGUUUCGUCUCGGAGAUGAAACUUCUUUUCAUUCCUCAAGAGACAACGAGGAGGGAAAAACCAAAGAGGACGACAACAAAUCCAGCAAGGACGCUGUCUCAAACGUGGACGCAAUGUCCAAGAAAGGAGACGACGAGGAAGAGCAGAAGAACCCGAAAAAGAGGACGCCCAUCGGGAGGAAGAUUUACGAGUUUUACAACACUCCCUUCACCAAGUUCUGGUUUAACACGAUCUCCUACCUGGUGUACCUGAUGUUGUAUAACUACAUCAUCCUGGUGAAGAUGGAGCGAUGGCCGUCUCUGCAGGAGUGGAUCGUCAUAUCUUACAUCAUCACUCUGGGGCUGGAGAAAGUCCGGCAGAUCCUGAUGUCGGAGCCGGGGAAGCUGAAGCAGAAGAUCAACGUUUGGCUGGAGGAUUACUGGAACAUCACAGAUCUGGCGGCCAUCUCCGUCUUCCUGCUUGGUUUACUGCUGCGGCUGCAGAGCGAGCCCUCAAUGGGCUACGGGCGAGUCAUCUACUGCGUCGACAUCAUCUUCUGGUACAUCCGAGUCCUCGACAUCUUCGGAGUCAACAAGUACCUGGGACCAUACGUCAUGAUGAUCGGCAAAAUGAUGGUGGACAUGCUGUACUUCGUGGUCAUCAUGCUGGUGGUGUUGAUGAGCUUCGGUGUAGCUCGGCAGGCCAUCCUCCACCCGGACGAGAAGCCCACCUGGCGUCUGGCCCGAAACAUCUUCUACAUGCCGUACUGGAUGAUUUACGGGGAGGUGUUUGCAGACUCCAUAGACCUUUAUGCGAUGGAAAUCAAUCCUCCAUGUGGAGACAACCUGUACGAUGAAGACGGGAAGAAGCUUCCUCCCUGUAUCCCCGGAGCCUGGCUCACUCCGGCCAUCAUGGCCUGUUACCUGCUGGUCGCCAACAUCCUGCUGGUCAACCUGCUCAUCGCCGUGUUCAACAACACGUUCUUCGAGGUGAAGUCCAUCUCUAACCAGGUGUGGAAGUUCCAGAGGUAUCAGCUGAUCAUGACCUUCCACGACCGCCCCAUCCUGCCUCCCCCCCUCAUCAUCAUCCCCCACAUCUGCAUUGUCCUGAAGAGGCUGUGCUGCCGCUGCAGACGGAAGACGGAGGGAGAGCAUGACGACCGGGAAAGACGACUCCAGCUGGUGCUGAAUGCCGAUGAGCUGAAGAGUCUGCACGAGUUCGAGGAGCAGUGUGUGGAGGAAUAUUUCAGAGAGAAAGAUGACGAGAAACAAUCUUCCAACAACGAGAGGAUCAGAGUCACAUCAGAGAGGGUGGAGAACAUGUUCAUGCGUCUGGAGGAGGUCAACGAGAGGGAGCACUCAAUGAAGGCGUCCCUGCAGACAGUGGACCUCCGUCUGGCUCAGCUGGAGGAGUUCUCCAGUCGCAUGAUGAACGCUCUCGAGAAGCUGGCGGGCGUCGACCGGUCCGAGCUCAUCCGCACACGCUCCAGAGGAUCGUCCGUGUGCGAGCCGGCCGCUCUGCUUCGACACGGCAGCAUCAACAGCACAGACGGCUACAGUCUGUACAGAUACCAGCUGGACCACGACGACAGGGUCUCUGUGACCGGAGACUUGGAGGGACACGACAGGAAGGUUCAGCAGAGUCCAGAGAGACGAGAGGGACACACAGAGGGUGGAAACACGGCAGGUGAAGUGAAGGAGUUCGGGUCAACUCUUGAGGUGGUGGGACGUAAAGGGAGGGCUCAGUCUCUGUCCAAUGUGGACAUCCUGAUCUCCCUCUGUGACCCCGGCAGCGGUCCAGGUUCUCCUAAACCUUACUCCACAGCUGCUAGUGUGGAGAAACCAGCAGAGAAAACUCGACUGGAAGCGACUGUAUCCUUCCCUUUGGAUACGUCAAAGUUCACUCAGUAUUUAUCAUCUCCAUCACUUAGCGCCUCCCCCUCCCCUAGCUUGAAGUCUGGAUUAGGUGACAGCCCCACACACAGAGAUCAAGAGGGGGUAAACAGUUUUACCACCCAUGGCUCAAAACCCGCCUCCAGAUCUAAAAGCAUGCCUCACGGGGGCGCCAAAUCUUCUCCCAGAGUGACGGAGGAGAAGAGUGGAGGCAGUGAGACCGAACAGAAAGUGGAGGCCAGUCCAUCUGGGCCUCCUGAUGGUGUUCAGGAGGGGGAGACAGGUGACAGUAACCAUGGUGAGGGAGGGGAGGAGGAGGGGACGGAGGAGGAGGAGGAGCUGCUGUUGGGGGAGGACAGGUUGUACCCAACGCUUCGCUCCAAGAGUCUGAACAUAAACCCGAAGAAGAAGAGGACGAAGACGAAGGAGGUGGAGGAGACGUCUCGCUCGGCCAGCAGCGUCAAAGAACUGGUGUCUACGUUCAGCGGUGAGACGGAGGGGGUUCGGGUCAGGAGCAGGUCCAAAGAUAGCUUAACCUAAAGAACUGAGGGAACUCUUUUAACACUGUGUUUAUACUUCCAUAUUUCCAAACACAGCGGACUAAAAGACUGAAUGUUGGCUGUUUCUGGAAGUGAUGAACAUGAAGACAAUCGUAGGGUGAAUCUGCCGCUGACCUCUUUAUGGCGCUUUAUUCUGGGUUUCAUGUGAUCAUUAAGCUGUUUGUCCACACUCCACAGGCAGACUUUCAGAAAACAGUAAAUAUGUAUACAACUAAAUUUGGCAGGAAAAAGGAAAAUGCUUCAUAUAACCAAAAUACCAUAAAAUGAGAGAGAUAACAAACAUGUUCAAUCAAGGUUUCUGCCAAGGUAUUGCAAUCCUAAAAGACUACAAAAAUGUCUGAGAAAACUACAAUACAUACAAACUUCAGAACGAUGCACAGAGACUACAAAAAGUUGAACAAUAUAUACAAAGAGAUGCAGAAUGACAAAUUAGGGAUGCAAAAUGUCUUCUAUGAGCUACAAAACAAAUACAAAGGAAAAAGAAAAAUAACUUAAACUAGAUAAAAAGGACGACUGCCUAUAACGAAACUAAUGACAGAGAUGCAAAAUGAUUAAGAUAAAGAAUGUCA